UUCUCCAGUUCGAGUGGAAUAAACCAGUAAUUAAAAACUAAACACGUCUAAUGAAAUCUCCACUAAUAUCUCCCCCACUCCUCAAAAAUCAACCGUCCCCUCUAAAACGUUACAAAACAAAGUCAUCAAAUUCGAAAUCCCAAACCUCUCUUCUCUCUAUCUCUUUGAUAUCCGAGUCCAUUCGUUAGACAGAAAAAAAACACAAAAUGUUUCGAGUAAGCAACUUCGUUGUGGGUCUAGCCAACACGUUGGUAAUGCUAGUGGGCGCAUCAGCCAUUGGUUACUCCAUUUACAUGUUCGUUCAUCAAGACGUGACUGACUGUGAAUCAGCCAUUCGUGCACCACUCCUCACUACAGGGAUCAUCCUCUUAGUGGUGUCUUUAAUCGGAGUGAUAGGAUCUUGCUUCAAGGAGAAUGUCGCAAUGGUCUCGUACUUGGUCAUACUCUUUGCGGGCAUUGCUGCGUUAAUGGCUUUCUCUAUAUUUCUCUUCUUUGUUACGAAUAAAGGAGCCGGUCAUGUGGUCUCUGGUCGAGGCUAUAGAGAGUACCAUACGGUGGAUUUCUCCACUUGGCUUAACGGUUUUGUUGGUGGGAAGAGAUGGGUUGGUAUAAGGUCUUGUCUGGCUGAGGCUAGCGUUUGCGAUGAACUGAGUGAUGGUCGUGUUAGUCAGAUCGCUGACGCGUUUUAUCACAAGAACUUGUCUCCAAUCCAGUCAGGUUGUUGUAAGCCCCCGUCGGACUGCAACUUCCAGUUCAAAAACGCGACGUUUUGGAUGCCGCCGGGGAAAAAUGCAACGAAGGUUACGACGGAGAACGGCGAUUGCGACGCGUGGAGUAACGUGCAAACGGAGUUAUGUUUUAACUGCAACGCAUGCAAAGCGGGUGUGUUAGCCAACAUAAGAGAGAAGUGGAGGCAUCUUCUUGUUUUCAACAUAUGUCUCCUCAUACUGAUCAUCGCCGUCUGUUCCUGCGGUUGCCGUGCUCGUCGUAACAAUCUCACGGCUACGGAAAGUGACCGUGCCUGAUCACACUAAUGUUUUAAGUUGUGUCUUUUUUUUUCCUUUGUUGGUUUAGUUUCUAGUUAAUUAUCUUUUGUUUUCUUAGGAUUGUCAUGUUUGUUUCGAACCAAUCAUAACUCCUUUUAUUGUAUAAUUAUCCAAACAUUUUAGUGACUUGUCAGUUACAAGUGAUCAUGCACGAUCAUUUGUUAGUUGGUUUCGUUUUAA